ACGAGGGAGAGUUGGCCUUUGGCUUGGUCUUCCCCUCGGGCCAGCAGCCAUAGCAAGCCCAUAAAGCUCACCACGCAUCACCGAGAACUGGUCCAUUGAAGAGUUCUCGGAAGGUUCUCCCAUGUCAGCGUAGUUGGUGACUUGGUGCGUGUGCGUUUGUGUUCCAGGGAGACCUGCACACACGCGGCGGCGAGGCCUCCAUAUUUAUCACAGCACAGGGGUCGGGGAAGCCAGCAAGCUGAAAGGGGUUCACGCGCUCGCCGGAGACGACGACGAAAGAUGGGCGGCGAUCCGGGGAAAGUCAUCAAGAACAUGAAGGGCGCGGCGCAGAAGUACCUCGGCGUUGGCUUCCUCCUCGGCUUCUUCCUCGUGCUCCUCACCUACUUCACCGUCUCCGAGCAGUUCGCCAUCACGGCGCCCAACGCUGUUCGGAGGGCAUCACCGGGGCACGCGCACACCUCGGCGUCACCGAUCACCCCGGCCGUUGAAGAGAAGAGGCAGCAGGAGGCCCCUGUCAUAGAGGAGAAGCCACCCAAGGCAGAGCUUGCACCAGAGGAGAAGCCUCCAAAUGCAGAGCAGGAGGAGGCCCAAGAGAAUCCCCCACGCGUUGAGGUUGAAGAGCCCCACGCUGAAACAGAGAUGGACCAGCAGAAGCCUGUCUCAGAUGACGAUGAUGGUAGGAGGAGCAGUAGUAUCGUCGGCGGCGAUGACAGUGCUCCGGCGAAGAAGCCGGCGUGCGACAUCCAGGGUCCAUGGGCGUCCGACGUGUGCGACAUCGACGGCGACGUGCGGAUCCACGGCUCCGCGGGCACCGUCCUGAUCGCUCCGUCCAUCGAGAGCGGCGGCCGCAACCCGAACACGCAGGAGUGGCGCAUCCGCCCUUACUCCCGGAAGCACCAGCCCGGGAUCAAGGAGGUGACGGUGCGCGAGCUGGCGUCGGCCGGCGACGCGCCGCCGUGCGACGUCCGUUCCCCCGUGCCGGCGCUGGUGCUGGCCAUGGGCGGGCUGUCGGGCAACUACUGGCACGACUUCAGCGACAUCCUGAUCCCGCUCUACCUCCAGGCGGCGCGGUUCGACGGCGAGGUGCAGCUCGUCGUGGAGAACAUCCAGCCGUGGUACGUCGGCAAGUACCGGACCAUCCUGCGUCGCCUGUCGCGGCACGACGUCGUGGACAUGGACAAGGACGACCGCGUGCGGUGCUUCCCGGGCGCCGUGGUGGGCAUCCGGAUGCACAAGGAGUUCAGCAUCGACCCGGAGCGGGAGCCCCGGGGCCACUCCAUGCCGGAGUUCACCGCGUUCCUCCGGGAGACCUUCUCGCUCCCGCGCGCCGCGCCGACGAGGCUGACGGCCGCCGGCGGCGAGGACGAGGAGGACGAGCGGGUGAAGCCGCGGAUGAUGAUCAUCUCGCGGCGGCACCCGCGGAAGCUGGUGAACGUGGACGACGUGGUGGCCCUGGCGCGGCGCGUCGGGUUCGAGGUGGUGAUCGGUGACCCGCCCUUCAACGUCGACGUCGGGGAGUUCGCCAGGGAGGUGAACGCCGUGGACGUGCUGGUGGGCGUGCACGGCGCCGGGCUGACCAACUCGCUGUUCCUCCCGACGGGCGCCGUGUUCAUCCAGAUCAACCCGUACGGAAAGAUGGAGCACAUCGGGGAGGUGGACUUCGGCAUCCCCGCCGUGGACAUGGGGCUCAAGUACAUGGCCUACUCCGCCGGCGUGGAGGAGAGCACGCUGGUGGACACGCUGGGCCGGGACCACCCCGCCGUCAGGGACCCGGAGUCCAUCCACCGGAGCGGGUGGGGGAAGGUGGCCGAGUUCUACCUCGGCAAGCAGGACAUCCGGCUGGACCUCCAGCGGUUCGAGCCUGUGCUCCGCAAGGCCAUGCAGCUCCUCAGGGAGUAGGCACCGGCGUCGCAGAGAGCAGCAAGAUGCAAAGACUGGAUGUGCCCAAAAGAAAGGCCUUCUUGGGGGAAAAAAAAAAAGAGCCAAACACGGAGAGCAAUAAAGCCCAGGAGACAAACGGAGAUGGGCCAAAGCCAAAAGAUUGGGCUGGUAGGUGAGGGGUGGCUGUCAGUCAGUCGGCACCGUUGACCAAAGCUGGUAGAUAGAUUAGGUUAGUUAGGCAGUUUAUAGGUGAUCGGCAAUCAAGGGACAACGGCGACUCAAUGCAUGUUAGCGGGGUGAUGAAGGCGGCAGAUACGUGCAAGCAAGCAAUGCAACCACCGUGUACUGGCAGCCUAGCAGCCCCUACCGGGCACAUGAAAGAUGAAUCCACAGCGACGCAAAAUGGCAAAGCAACAGCACUGUAGCGAGUGGGGUGCAUGUUGCCUACCUAGCUUCUCCGGCCGACAAUAAUUGACGACGGAGUCCAGUUCCAGUCCAGGUGAAGCACACAUUCUACCUGUAAAAGUCGUAUGCAAUGCAAUGCAUAUGUUCUCUACGUCUGGUAUAUAUGUUGGUACUGAACUUUUA